AUAUUAUUUCAUUAGAAAGGUUUAUACUUGUAGUUCUAUGAUUAAAUAUUAACAAAUAAGCGCGAUCUACCCCACCUACCCGAGUAAUUAAGAAAGUUCAAUUCCAACUCUCUCCCACAAAUUUAUUCCCAUUCAACAUCCUACAAAUACAAACACUCAAUCACUUGUGAUACAUUCUCUUUUACUCCUUCUUACUUUAAUUCUCAUAUUUGAUCUCACAAUUUCGGUAUUAAAUAUGGCUUCGCCACACGAAGCACAGCUUCUUCAAAUACUUGCAGAUACUCAAUCAUCCGCAGAUGGUCCCCGGAGACAAGCAGAACAUUAUCUACAAACUGCUCAAAAUGAUCCAGCUUUUCCUUUUACACUUGCUUUAAUUGCUUCCAAUGGAACUGUCACUUCUGAACUUCGACAAGCGGCUCUAUUAAACUUAAAGAAUUUUGUUAGUGGUAAUUGGACGGGUGUGGAUGAUAAUGGUAUGCCGACUGUUCACAUUGAGGACGGCGCAAAAGCAGAAAUCAGAGCUCGAAUGUUGGAGCUAGCGACGAGUGAUGUAGAUACAAGGAAGAUUAAGGGUGCAGCUAGGUAUGUGAAACUUCUUUUCGAGUUUGUACCUUGGUCUUCACUAAAGGAGGGGUAAACAUGUUGGGUUGAAAUCGCAUUUGCUAAUGUAUGAUUCCGUGAAUAGUAUGGUAGUUAGCAAAAUCGCCAAUGUCGAUUAUCCAGAUCUAUGGCCAGAUCUCCUUCCAACUAUUCUACAUAUUAUUCAAACGGGUACCGAUUUACAAUUACACGGAUCACUGAAAGUAUUGGCAGAUGUUGUUGAGGAUAGUUUGAGUGAAGAUCAAUUCUUUUCCGUCGCACGAGGUAUCGUCAAUACAGUUUAUGGUGUAGCCAUUAAUGAUGCACGAAAAGGAUCAUUACGAGCAUUGGCCGUCUCGGUCUUCAGAGGAACUUUUGAUAUUAUGGAUAUGGUCAAGGACGAACACGGAACAGAAGUUAAAGCGUUUGCAGAGGAGGUCUUGUUAUCUUGGUCACCAUACUUCUUGGCUAUUAUGAAGCAACCUUUACCUGCACCACCAAAAGAGGGGGAAGAAGAUGGGCCAGUUGAUCAACAAUGGCGUGGAGUAAUUGCAUUAAAGUUACAGGUUGUUAAGACUUUGAUGAAGGUUAAAUCGGUUUUCCCAGCAUUAUUACUUCCACAAAGUCCAGUUUUAUUCAGUGCUACUUGGGAAGAAUUAACAACCGUACAAAGCUUACAUCAAGAGAUGUAUGUUGAUAAUGAUAUGCAAGGUCGUAUGGAGGAUGCGGACAAUUUGCCAUAUACUUUGGAUUUUCUGGUACUGGAAGAACUUGACUUUUUCCAAUCAUGUUUGAGGGCUCCACCGGUACAGAAAGAACUGGAGGCUCAAGUACAAGCAAGUCCUAGCGUGUCUACCACCCCUUGGGUUGCUGAUGUUAUGAAGCUUGCCGUAAACUAUGCGCAAAUUCCAAAGGAAGAGGAGGAGUUGUGGGAUAUUGAUGUCAAUUUGUUUUUGGCAGAGGAAACAUCCGUUACCACACAAUACACAUUAAGAAUGGCUUGUGGAGACCUUUUGAUCAAACUUGGCGAGUGGUUAUCUCAUGGUGCUUUUGAAGGUUUAUUAGCAUACACUCAAAUGAUAUUUUCAUCGAACGCCGCGACAUGGAGAAUUAGAGAGGCAGUUUUAUUCCUUCUCACUCAACUUACAAACGAUUUCUUGGAUGUCGACAAAGAUGUCAACCCCCAAAUUUCCAGAGCUUUCUUACCUUUUAUCGAUUAUUGUAUCAACAGGCCACAGGAACCUUUAUUACGAGCCAGAGGAUAUUUGGUUGCUGGUAAUCUUGUACAAAGUUUACCUGAUGUAGCUCUUGCAUUACUUGAUCGCACCAUCAGUGCCGUCAAUAAGGACGAAGCCGAAGUUGUUAAAGUUUCUUGUAUAAAAUCCUUGCAAGGGUUCAUUAAAGCUCAUACUGUACCGGCUGAUCGCCAGCUCACGAUUCUUUCUUCAAUAUCCGAAUUCCUUUACUCGAAAGAUCUUACGGAGCUUGAAAUUGCAGAUGAUCUUCUUGUCACAUUAGUUGAAUCUCUGAGAUCUACAAUUCAAAUGGAUACAAGAAUUACACUUUCAUCAGAGGGAGGAGCUUUGGAUCUUUUGUUCGUUCUCGCAAAGCAUGGUGCUUCAAAUUUUCAAUUGACUAUGUUGGUCACUGAAACAUUUGAGGAUAUUGUUACAUCAUUUGCUGGUGGCGAGGGUUACACAGCUUUAUGUACUAAAGUUUUGCCUGCAUUAACGGGUGCUUUCGACGUGGGAAUCAUGACUGAUGAUGAUCCUUUGGUUGAGGUAAAGGUGUUGUAUUUCUUGUAUGGAUACUCGGUGCUGACUUGUCAUUAGCUUGCCACAGAAUUACUUGCACUCCUUACCGAGAAUGGGUCCGAACCGCUACCCCCUGGAUACGUUGCUGCAGCAUUACCCAAGUUGAAUCGACUUUUGAUGACUACCACUGAGGGUGGUAUUUUACGACCAGGUGUUGAGACAGUCAAGUAUAUGCUUAUGCAUGAUCAUCAACAAGUUUUCGCUUGGCAUGAUGAAAGUAAUAGGUCAGGUUUGGAAGUUUGUCUAAUAAUUAUUGAUAGAUUACUUGGUCCUACUAUGGAGGAUAAUGCAGCAUCAGAAGUUGGAGGUCUCGCAGCUGAACUUGUUGAGAAAGCUGGUCAAGAACGUCUCGGACCAUACCUAGAACAACUCUUAAAAGCAGUUGCUACACGUCUAGCUACUGCUGAAGCUGCCCCUUUCAUUCAAUCUUUAAUUUUGGUCUUUGCUCGCUUAUCUUUAGUUGGAGCACAUGAUGUUGUCGAAUUCUUGAAUCAAAUUCAGAUAAAUGGUCAAAGUGGCUUGCAAGUGGUAUUAAGCAAGUGGUUAGAACAUUCAAUCAAUUUUGCAGGAUAUGAUGAGAUUAGACAAAAGUAUGUUUCCAAUUCUAGGCCCCUUCGUUCAUUCAAUUAUUUUCAGAAACUAAUCAAGAACAGUGUCAUUGCACUCUCGAAAAUCUUCAGUCUCAACGAUCAACGCGUGGCUCAAACAAUGGUUAAGGGUGAUUUAAUCAUUCCAACCAGCAAUCGGAUCAUGACUCGAUCCAAGGCUAAGCUUAGUAAGGACGGACCAUAUUUCGCACUUCAACCUCAACUAACACGCCGACCAGACCCCGACCAAUAUACCGCCAUUCCUGCUUCUUUAAAGAUCAUUAAAGUCCUCAUCGAAGAACUUCUUUCGGCAUCAGGACUUCAAAAUGCAGCAACGGCUGCAGCAGCAGCGGAAUUUGCCGAUGAGGAUUGUGAUGAUGAUUCAUGGGAAGAUGUACCAAAUGUCCUAGAUUUGGGAUUAUCAUCCACGAAACAGGAUUUGAUGGCUUUCGGAGAGGGAAGAGGUGGUUUUGGACGUAAUAGAGAUGAUGAAACUCAAGGUUACUUGACGGAAUUCUUUGUUAAGGCUGGAAGGGAAAAUAUAGGUGGAUUUAAUGAGUUAUAUAAUUUGUUGACGGAUGAGGAGAAGAUUAAGUUACAGGAAUUGGCUCAGGGGGCUUGAGUGUCGAUUGGUGAGGUGGAAUAAGUGUGGAUUGUGAUGGAUGAUGGGUGAUUUUUGGGUAAUUGGAAAAUGCAUACAUGCAUGGAGGCAGGUGGUAUUGGAAUCAAAUGGAUUGAAUGAAAUGGCAUGGUUAAUCUGGCGGAUAAGCAGGACUGGUUUUAUAUGGUUUGAACUGUUGGCGUGAUGGGUCGCAUCAAUGAAUUCAUGACUUGAAUGAUGAUGAAAUAAUGAGGAUGGGAUUAAAAUAUUAUAAAGUUAGAUAGAU